AAUUCUCAAAUCAUACCAUCAUAUUUUCUUCGACUAAAACGUUCUCUAACAAAGGCGUCUCCGGCUCCGACUCAUCCUCUUUCUAUGGGAAAUGAUGAUAAUGAAGCUUGCGACACUAGGCUCACACUUGGACUUGCCACAAGUGAUCAUCACAUAUUACCAAAACAAAACCAAGACGACCAUAAGAAAAUUACUUGUCAAGAUCUAUCUAUUAUUCCUCUUCAUUCUAGUCAUGAUGGCACCGAUAAGAUUGAUGGGUCCAGCUCAAAAACUUGUAAGAAUUACACUAAAUUUAAUAAUGAGAGCAAGAAGAUUGGUAUGAGAAAGAAACUAAGGCUCACCAAAGAACAGUCCACCUUACUUGAAGACAGUUUCAAACUUCACACUACACUUGCUAUGGGUCAGAAACAAGAACUAGCUGCAAAGUUAAAACUCAAACCACGACAAGUAGAAGUAUGGUUUCAAAAUAGAAGAGCAAGGACUAAACUGAAGCAAACAGAAGUAGACUGUGAGUUCUUGAAGAAAUGGUGUCAAAGUCUGAAUGGUGAAAAUAAUAGGCUGAAGAAAGAGCUGCAAGAACUAAGAUCUAUCAAGAUUGAUCAACGUAUUCAUCUUCAACUUUCCAAGGCUAGGACACUGGCUCUAUGUUCAUCAUGCCGGAAAAUUUCAAGGGGCGACACUGAUGAAAAGCAUGAAACAGGGACGGAAAGUGGUUGGUGAUGCAAUGUUUGAAAGAGCAAAUUGAAACAAAGUUCUUGUCAAUGGGAAGAACAAAUAAUAGCCCUUUUUUUUUACCGCAGACAUUAUUAAACAAAAGCAUGACAUGCUAAUAUAGAUGAAGAACCACAAUUUGUGAUUCACCAUAGAUUUUCCAAUCUAGAAACAGAUAUUAACUUUUAUACUUUUUUAUGUUGCUCUAGUUCAUCAAUCUUUGGUUGAUAAUAUAG